CGUCCAUGUGUUCUACAGAUCGUUGGGUGAGCUGUUCAAAGUCCAGGCGAUUCCUCCCGACUGUCUCAGCAUCCUUCCCAGCAGUGGGGGGAGAAAGGAAAAGCUAAACUCGAACUUUCAUUAGACUCGCGAAAAGAGGAGUAGAUAUGGAUGAAAACGAGGUGUUGGUAUGACUUUGGGAGACGACGGGCCCAUACGUUUCACACUCGGUAAAAGAAUGAUAACAUAACCCUCGCGUUAGGUGGUGUUUAGUGCGAGAGGACGCGAAAACCUUAAUAGUGGAAAAGUUUGAAGCAGCUUCGGGCUAUGGCGCGGGACAGCGACGACGCCGGAGCUGCCAAAGCGUCAAAAGCCAAAAGGCAAAGGAAGAAGAAACCCAAGGAAAACAAAACCAGGACUGUCCACGCAAACAUACUUUAUGACAACGCCAAAGGGGAGGAAAACCCAAACCGACACUAUGUAAACAACAAAAUCAAGACCACCAAGUACACCCUGUUGUCAUUCCUGCCGAAGAACCUUUUUGAGCAGUUUCACCGCUUUGCUAACGUUUACUUUGUUUUUAUAGCUUUGCUAAACUUUGUCCCGGUUGUGAACGCUUUUCAGCCCGAACUCGCGCUGGCUCCCGUAGUUUUCAUCCUGUCCGUCACUGCCAUUAAAGACCUGUGGGAGGACUACCGGAGACACAGGUCGGAUAAAGAAAUCAAUCACAUGGACUGCCUGGUCUACAGCAGACUGGAGAAGCGCUACAUGGAAAAGUACUGGAAAGAGGUGCGAGUCGGAGACUUCAUUAGGCUGCGAUGCAAUGAGAUCCUCCCUGCCGACGUCCUGCUGCUAAGCUCCAGCGACCCGGACCGCCUGUGCCACAUAGAGACUGCCACAUUGGACGGGGAGACCAACCUCAAGCAGAGACAGGUCGUUCGCAGCUUCUAUGACCUGGACUGUGAGUUUGACCCAUUAAAGUACAACAGCAUCAUUGAAUGUGAAAAGCCAAACAACGACCUGAACAGAUUUCGGGGCUACAUAAUACAUCGGAGUGGCAGGAGAGAUGCACUUUCCAAAGACAACCUGCUCCUGCGAGGCUGCACUAUCCGUAACACGGAGGAAGCUUUGGGAAUAGUCAUCUAUGCAGGUCAUGAGACCAAAGCCAUGCUGAACAACAAUGGUCCGCGUUACAAGCGCAGCAAACUGGAGAGACAGAUGAAUGUGGAUGUGUUCUGGUGUGUUAUCAUCCUGCUGGUUAUGUGCCUGUUCACUGCAGUCGGUCAUGGGCUGUGGAUGUUUCAGUAUGGAGAUAAGAGGCCUGCGUUCGACGUUCUCAGUCCCGACGGGAGAGACUUAUCACCCAUCAUGUCAGCCAUUUACCUCUUCCUGACUAUGAUCAUCGUUUUUCAGGUGUUGAUACCCAUCUCACUCUUUGUGUCAAUUGAAAUUGUCAAAAUCUGCCAAGUUUACUUCAUCCAUCAAGACUUGGAUUUGUACGAUGAGGAAACGGACUCCCACCUGCAGUGCAGAGCUCUUAAUAUCACUGAGGAUCUGGGCCAGAUGCAAUACAUCUUCUCUGACAAGACGGGCACGCUGACGGAAAACAAGAUGGUGUUCCGACGCUGCACUGUGGCUGGGGUGGAGUAUUCCCAUGAUGCCAAUGCCAGGAGAAUCGCCAUGUACCAGGAAAUGGAUUCCGAGGAGGACGAAUGCAUGUCCCAUGGUGGCACCCUGCCCAGACGGGACAGUGUGACCAGUUACCAAAGCGCCCAUGUGGUGCUACGCUCCCACAGCACCAAGUCCCACCGUAGGACGGGCAGCAGGGCGGAGGCCAAGCGAGCCAGCAUCCUGUCGAAACACACAGCCUUCAGCAGCCCCAUGGAGAAAGACGUCACCCCUGACCCUCAGCUUCUAGACAAAGUCAAUGAAUGCAGCAGUCAGAUGGACUUCAUGCGCCUCCACCGCCAGCCCAUGUCCCAGCUGACCUCUGAUCUCGCUGACAUCAUAGAUUUCUUCAUCGCUCUCACCAUCUGCAACACUGUGGUGGUGUCUUCACCUAAUCAGCCCCGUCACAAGGUUCGAAUGAGGUUUGAACUCAAGUCCCCAGUUAAGACCAUCGAAGACUUCAUCAAGCGUUUCACCCCCAGUCGCCUGACCUCAGGGUCUAACAGCAGCAGCUCCUCUAGUCUCAACCGCUCCUCCAACAGAGGAUGCUCCAGCCUGCUUUCCUCCCCCUCGGCAGACAGCACACUCACCAAACUAAACGAGGAGCAGUUUUCUGGAAGUUUGGAGCACACUUUCAGCGCUGUUCCACCCUCCUAUGAUGGAAAAACCUCCAGCAACCUUGAGGAAGGAGAGCUGCGCUAUGAGGCUGAGUCACCUGAUGAGGCUGCAUUAGUUUAUGCUGCCAGAGCCUACAAGUGCUCUUUGGUCGAACGCCUCCCUGACCAGGUGACGGUGGAGCUGCCUCACCUGGGUAAGCUGAAUUUUGAACUGCUGCACACGCUGGGGUUUGACUCCACCAGGAAGCGCAUGUCUGUGGUGGUUAGACAUCCUCUCACAGAUCAAAUCACCGUCUACACCAAAGGAGCAGACUCUGUCAUCAUGGAUCUCAUCAAACCUCCUGACACAGGCAGCUCCAAAGGAAAACGCAAGAAAAAAAUAGUCUGCAGGACCCAGAACUACCUGAACCUGUAUGCUGCAGAUGGCCUGCGAACACUUUGUAUUGCCAGAAAGGUUUUGAGCAAAGAGGAGUACGCCUGCUGGCUGCAGCAUCACUUACAGGCUGAGACCGCCAUUCAGGGAAGAGAGGAGCUGCUCUUUGAGUCGGCCUUGAGACUGGAAACAAACCUCCAUCUGUUGGGAGCGACUGGCAUUGAGGAUCGGCUGCAAGAUGGUGUCCCUGAAACAAUAGCUUCACUGCGGAAGGCUGGCCUGCAGAUAUGGGUGCUGACUGGUGACAAACAGGAAACGGCCGUCAACAUUGCGUACGCCUGCAAGCUGCUGGACCCUGAGGAGGAGAUUCUGACCUUGAACGCUGACUCUCAGGAGGCAUGUGCUCUGUUGCUGGAGGAGAGUUUACACUACAUCCAGGCCAAAUUCCUCUGCAGCUCUGGAGACCAGACCACCAACGCCUUCCACUCAAACUUUGCACCCGUAGAGACGUAUCCCUUCUCCUCCUCCCACAUCUCUCCCUUCUCGGUGCACCGGCUGGGCCUGGUCAUUGAUGGACGGACCUUGGCGUAUGCCCUGGAUAAGAGCUUGGAGGAUAAAUUUCUGGCUGUAGCUCGGAGCUGCCGCUCGGUGCUGUGCUGCCGCUCCACGCCGCUGCAGAAGAGCAUGGUGGUCAAACUGGUGCGGAACAAGCUGAAGGUCAUGACUCUGGCUAUAGGUGAUGGAGCCAACGACGUCAGCAUGAUCCAAGUAGCGGACGUUGGCGUGGGGAUCUCUGGACAGGAGGGCAUGCAGGCGGUGAUGGCGAGCGACUUUGCUCUCCCACGUUUCCGGUAUCUCCAGAAACUUCUGCUGGUGCACGGACACUGGUGCUACUCCCGACUGGCAAACAUGAUCCUAUACUUCUUCUACAAAAAUGCAAUGUUUGUAUCGCUCAUCUUCUGGUAUCAGUUCUACUGUGGCUUCUCUGGCUCGGCCAUGGUUGACCAGUGGUAUCUGAUCUUCUUUAACCUGAUGUUCUCCGCCUUCCCACAACUCAUCACUGGCACUCUGGACAAAGACGUGUCCGCAGAGACCCUCCAACGACUACCUCAGCUCUACAUGAGCGGCCAGAACUCUGAGGAAUAUAAGCCAUAUAUGUUCUGGAUGAACAUGAUUGAUGCCUUCUACCAAAGUCUCGCCUGCUUCUUCAUUCCUUACUUUGCCUACGCUGACUCGGAUGUGGAUCUGUUUACGUGGGGGACCCCCAUCACCACCAUAGCUUUACUCACCAUUCUGGUACAGCUGGGCAUCGAGACCAAAACCUGGACCUGGGUGAACUGGCUGUCUAUAGCCUUCAGUGUAGCUUUAUUCUUCACCGUGGCUUUGUGCUACAACGCUUCCUGUCCCACCUGCUACUCGCCCUCAAACCCCUACUGGACCAUGCAGAAGCUGCUGCAGGACCCUCUCUUCUACCUGCUGUGCACCAUCACGCCCAUAGCUGCACUGCUGCCUCGAUAUUUCUACAGGGCGUGUCAAGGCACGCUGUUCCCAAACCCCGUGCGCGUUGGAAGGCAGUUGGAUAAACUCCCCGCUGACACCCGCAGGAACAUCCUCGGUCUGAGCAGGGUCACUGUGGGGUCACCGCUCAGAGCUGAGCCUCCCUUCCUGUCCCUCAACAAGCUCUCACCUGAAAGUUGGAAUAAUAAAGACCAGAGGAGCAUCGCUGGCUCCAAGACCUCACAGGCCAAACAAGCUGCAGCCUCACAAACGGAGGAAAAGGGUCAGAUAAGUCCACCAGCACGGAUGGAGAAACACUUCUCGGAUCUCUUUCCUUUAGCUCCUUCAGAACUAGACGCUCUUCCAUACACCAAAAAUGAUCCUCCGCUCCCGGGAACGCCACCACCUUCUGCCAAAGACUCUGAGUGUUUCAGAAGAACUUUACAGCUGUCAGAUCAGAGCGUGAACGUUUCCACCCCUCUGGUCUCACAGACGGACAGCAUCCAGCUGAAUCUGGCCCCUGACAGAGCCUCGGAGUGCGUCAGAUUCAGAAGAAGCUCAGAGACGGGACUCCGACCCGAUGGUACUGUUCAGCCUGCAUGCAGGACGGCGCAGCAGGAGGAGCAGUCGCUACACACGGCCUUGUGAUGUUUGCACCAUAGUUUUUCUAUCUAAUUUUAUUGUAUUUUAAUGAGAUUAUUUUAUAAAUAUAUCAAAAGGGUACUUUAUGUUUUCUAUGUUAAGCUAAAUAUAAAUAUUUUAAAUUUUUGGGAGACAGAAGAACUGGAAAAUCUCCUCUUUUCAUCUGUAUUUUGUUUGUUUUCAUGGAGAAUUGACAUUUCACAAAGAUGCAUCUCAGUAACUAACGUUGUUUCUGUGGAGACGCCGGACCGGUUGGAGACAUUCCUGUGCGGACUUGUGUUGGAGUCCGUUUACUCUCUGGUAGGGCUCGGCCCGCAGCGGCAUUAAAGCCUGGACCAAACCGCUUCUGCUGGAGCGGAUGGUCCAUCGUGCUUGUUUCCUACUUUUAUAUUCACACGCAGCAGAGCGUGGCUCGGUGGGCGUUUUGCUGCUGGAUCACAAACCUUUUCCUGUUUUUAUUAAAAGCAUCUUUUAUAGCAGAACUGUUGCUCGGAACGUUCCACUGAAUAAAGAUUUUGUCUGAUGUUGGAUAAAAUUAGGCAUGAUAACACUUUCCAGUCUGGCAUGAGUCCAGCCUGCAUUCAGAGCCCUGAUUUUGAUCAGCAUGUGUAUGUUUAUAAGGCCAACGUCGAUUUCUGGUUCUUGUUCAGCUCUGACGGAUUCUGGAUGAUCAUGGUUGAUCUAGAGCAGGGGUGUCAAACAUGCGGCCCGAGGGCCGGAUCCGGCCCGCAAGCAGGUUAAAUCCGGCCCGCGAGAUGGUUGUGAAAACUUUAUUUUCAUACUUUACAAUGUAGAGUGAAAAUAAACGUAUCAUUGUGAGCAAGUUUUCUCUGUAACGAGUAUAAAUAAAACAAAGCUGCGCUCAAGGCUCACACAAGAACUUGAAUCCCAUCCUGAAGAUGGCCGCCACUCAGGAUGUGACUUCUGAUAUUGAUGUGCUGGUGAAAGCUAAAAGGUGUAAAGUAAAAUGAGUCAAAUAUACUUUAAGUGCUGCAUGAAACUGAUCUAGCCAUGUGAUCUGUAAGCUCUUUGAAUCACUAAGGGAUGUUUAUUUUUAUUUAUUGAUUUUUUUAUUUUUUUCAAAUGUUCAAGUACACUUCAGGUGUAGUACUUGUACUACACUGUCCUCAGGCUCCAGCCUUGUUUUAUAUUGAUUGUAUUAAAACAAAGAAAACACUCUGAAGUUUUUUUUUUUUUUUAUUUACCGGUCCGGCCCACUUGGGACUAGAUUUCCCUCGAUGUGGCCCCUGAGCUAAAAUGAGUUUGACACCCCUGAUCUAGAGCUAUGAAGUGGCAGAAUAUCUGAUUUUAAAGAUUCAGACCAAUCACAAGUUCAGCCUUCAUGCUAAAUGUUGGUCCUUUCUGAUGACCCGCUGUUCUUCUAGUCUUCACUUUAUUUGGAGGUUAGACCUGGAUUUAUGGUUUCUAUCAAACGGUUAGUGUUGGCUUUCUUCUUGGUACUUGUGUCUAAAUGCAGCUCGGCAUAUCAGGCGUGUGUUGCUGUUCCGGUCCAAAGCUGAGAUGAUGAGAUUGUACAAUUCCCACAGCUGUGCUCGUGUGGAACGGCGCGGUGGCAGGGCGACAUCGCCGGCCUUAUCUGCCUCAUGGAAGUGUGCAGCGACUGGGUUCCCCGGUAGUACACAAAGUUGAUUAUUACUUUUGUGAAGCUUGAACUUCAAUUUUUGAAUUGCUUAUAGUUUUAUAAUUGCCAAAAUACGGAGAUGAGGAGCUUGUUCUUCUCUGCUUUAAGCCAGCGCCUCGCUGGGUUGCCACCGUCCCUAGAGCGUCUUUGAGCAUUCUUAAGGAUCAUCGAUUUUGUCUUGUGACUUUCGGGAUCUUGUACUUGUGUUGCUGGAACUUAUAAGAAAAAGUUUUCUAGACCUGAUCCAGAUACGUCUCAUUCACACACGAGGAUGGUCACAAGAGCGUAUUUCAUGUGAAUGAGAACCAUUUUUUAUUUGGUUUUGCAAAUGAAAACACUUGAAUAGAUUGCUACAAGAACACUAUGUUGUAAUUGGGUCAGGGUUAGGUUUGGACAUUCCUAAGUGUUGGUACCAAAACGAUGUGAUUCCAACCUGCAUUGUUUUCAUCUAUUUGCCAGCCCAGUGAGAUUCUGGCUUCAUGUUUUUACCGUUGUGCAGUUUCAGUUUUGAGUUUGAGAGACAGGUGUGAGUGAGGGUGGCUGAAGUUUCCGUACCUUUAGGUAAACGCGGACUAGCCUCCAGGUUCCGGCGCUAAGCUAUUUCUGUUCAUGAAAACAGAAGCUGGCAGGCACAGAGCCAGCUUCGCUUGAAGAUGAAAACGUCUUUUUACCCUGACCCUAGCAAAAUUCCUGAAAUGUUGAUUUAUCCCAGAAACUGCACAGUGAGAGAAAUCUCCCACAUUCCUUUGACAGGUUUACAUUUCUCCAGUUUUACUGGAAGCCAGUUUUUAAUGUUUUACGUUGUUCAGCUACAAACCAAAUCCACAGUGCUGAAGGGUCUCGCCAAAUGUAAACAAGGUUGCUUUAACUCGUAAAUUUGCACUUUAAAGGUUUUAUAUCAGAGCUUCCAAGAGGUAUUAGCAUUUAGUGUUUAUCAGUAACAGAAGCUUUGAUUUUAUUCUUGCUUUGUUCACAAGCGAGCGUGGGGCGUUGAGAAGCUCCGGGUUUUAUCGAUUCAGCACUCUCAGCAGCUGACUUUUGUUUCUGUUUUGUAAAAACCAAAGAUCCUUUAUUAUUUUUCUAAGCACUACUUUGUGCCUUAACACUGGAUAACUCGUUCUAAUCGUGCAGGUGAUGCUGAAGCUGGGUUAUUUAAAUAUGAUGGAGCAUCUUUGUGUUUCCUCCUGACUGUUGCUUCACUUCAGACUCCAUCUGGUCACUUUGUUUUUCUAGAGUUGGUUCUUUCUGAUCUUCCUGUGUGCAGCCUGGUUGUUCCAGGAUGAAGCUGGAGUGUUUCCUUCCUUCCCACAGCAGCGCCCUGCACUUCCAAAGGCCUUUAAUAAAGUGUGUCUCAGCUCA